UUAAAUCUAUAUAAUUAAAAAAAAAAUCAUGGCCUUAGCUUCAGUUCCCGCGCUAAAUCUCACUCAAGCUCUUCACUACGAUCUCGCCCCAAAUCGAAUCAAUCCAAGGCCGCGCAGUUCAAAUUCCCGUUCACAAUUCCUUCUCCAAUCCAUCCGCUGGAAUCUAGGACACCGGAAUCGGAAUCAUAGAAGACUCAGAACUAGGGCAGAAUCUCCUCAAAAUUCACAGCCUAUGGUCCCUCCUUAUAAUGUUCUUAUCACCGGCUCAAGCAAAGGAAUUGGGUAUGCCCUUGCAAAAGAAUUUCUAAGAGCGGGUGAUAAUGUCAUAAUCUGUUCGCGAUCAGCUGAGCGUGUGGAAUCAGCUGUUAAAAGCUUGAGAGAGGAAUAUGGGGAGCAGCGUGUGUGGGGAACCACAUGCGAUGUUAGAGAUGGAAAGGAUGUCAGAAAUCUAGUAGAAUUCGCACAAGAGAAGCUUGGUUAUAUUGAUAUAUGGAUCAACAAUGCUGGAUCCAAUGCAUACAGUUACAAGCCCUUGGCUGAAACAUCCGAUGAUGAUCUUAUGGAAGUUGUCACCACCAACACUCUUGGUCUGAUGAUUUGUUGUCGUGAGGCUAUAAAUAUGAUGCUUAGCCAGCCUCGAGGUGGGCACAUUUUCAACAUUGAUGGAGCUGGUUCAGAUGGAAGGCCCACUCCUCGUUUUGCUGCAUAUGGAGCAACAAAGCGCAGUGUGGUGCACCUAACUAAAUCCUUGCAGGCAGAAUUGCAGAUGCAAGAUGUAAAAAAUGUUAUGGUGCACAAUCUAUCGCCUGGUAUGGUCAUAACAGAUCUUCUCAUGUCUGGGGCCACAACAAAACAAGCUAAAUUUUUCAUCAAUAUAUUAGCUGAGCCACCUGAGGUGGUUGCAGAAUACCUUGUUCCCUCUAUCAGAUCGGUCCCUAGCAGUCAGUCCAUGAAGCCAACCUACAUAAAAUUCUUAACAGGCCUUAAGGCGUACUCCCAGAUUUUUUCAAGAAUUGCUUUUGGUGCAAGGAGGAAUAGAUACGUUAUUGAAGAUUGAAUGGCUUAUUCGCUUUCGGGAUUAGGAAAGAACAACGUUCUUUCUGCAAUGAAGAGUGCGUUGUGGUUCAGCACAAGUUCCAUGAACUGUGUGGGUCCAAAUGCAAAAUCAACUCUAUUUUUAAUCCUCCUUUCUUUGUGAAACUCAUCUGCAGGUAUGGGAAAAGCUUUUGUGUCUGCAAAGGCUUUUUCAUUCUUCUCAUGUUAGGGCCGCACUGGUGAAAUCUUGGUGCAAAAUGGAAGCCUUCACUGCCUAUGAACA